UGGCUUCGCUCCUCUUCUUCUUCUUCUUCUUCAUCAUCACUCGCCAAAAUCUUUUGAACUUUCUUCUUCUUCCCUUGUUUCGUCUCUCUCCUCCUCCUCCUCCACAACCAAGUCGAUGGCUUUUAAUUUCUCACGCUUCGAUGCUCAAUCCGCCGCCGAGAAAGCCGUAUCGGUGAUCGGGUUAGGUUACGAUCUCUGCUCCGACGUUCGUCUCUCGUCUUGUAAAGCCACACCCGACGGGUCGAGGCUGGUCGAAAUCGACCCGACCCGGAAUCGAGACCUAGUUUUCCCCGGAGGGGUCGUCGUCAACAACGUCUCGAGCUCGAUUAAGUGCGAUAAAGGAGAACGCACUCGUUUUCGCUCCGAUAUACUCUCUUUUAACCAGAUGUCGGAGAAAUUCAAUCAGGAUAUGUCACUUUCCGGGAAAAUCCCAUCGGGGAUGUUCAAUACCAUGUUUGAAUUGAGAGAAGGUUGGCAAAAAGAUGCUAGCUCAGUGAAGACGCUAGCUUAUGAUGGUUGGUUUAUUAGCUUGUACAGUGUAGAGCUCGUUAGGUCACAAGUUACUCUGCGUGAUGAAGUGAAGCGUGAGGUGCCUUCUUCUUGGGACUCUGUUGCUCUUGCUGGGUUCAUUGAAAAAUAUGGUACUCACAUAGUUGUUGGAGUGACUAUGGGAGGCAAAGACGUGGUUCACAUGAAGCAGCUGCGUAAGUCGAAUCACGAGCCUGAUGAGGUCCAGAAGCUGUUGAAACAAUUGGGUGAUAAAAGAUUUUCGGUUGAUCCAGUCCAAAGUGUCUCUCCUGCUGGUGUUUAUUCUGGAAAGCCAAAGGAGGAGAAUCCUAUCCAAUGGGGAAUUCAUGGGCAGUUUGGUUCCUCGGUUAGUCGUCCUGUUAUCAUGCGCUCCAAGAACGAGGAUUUGGUGAGCAUUUGUAUCAGAAGAGGAGGUGUUGAUAUGGGUCAAAGUCAUGAUCGUUGGCUCUCAACAAUAUCACAAUCACCAAACGCCAUAUCCAUGUGCUUUGUUCCCAUAACUUCGCUGUUGAGCGGUCUCCCAGGAACAGGGUUUCUUAGUCAUGCAGUGAACUUAUACCUCCGAUAUAAGCCACCGAUAGAGGAGUUGCAUCAGUUUCUUGAAUUUCAACUUCCACGCCAAUGGGCUCCGGUGUAUGGAGAUCUCCCUCUUGGACUACGCCGCAGAAAACAAAGUUCUCCGUCCCUUCAGUUCUCUUUGUUGGGUCCAAAACUAUAUGUCAAUACAUCAAAGGUUGAUUCUGGUGAGCGACCAGUAACUGGACUACGCUUAUUCCUGGAAGGGAAGAAAGGAGAUCAUCUAGCAAUCCACUUGCAACACCUCUCUACAUGCCCUCCAAGUCUCCACCUCUCACACGACGACACCUAUGAACCCAUCGAUGAACCAACCGAUAAAGGAUAUUAUGAAGCUGUGAAAUGGGGGAUCUUCUCACACGUAUGCACCUUCCCGGUUCAAUACAACGGAGCACGGUCUGAUGAUGCAGCAUCUAUUGUGACCAAAGCCUGGUUAGAAGUCAAAGGAAUCGGGAUGAGGAAAGUUCUGUUUUUGAGGCUCGGUUUCUCACGGGUUGCAUCAGCUGUUACACGUAGGUCUGGCUGGGAUAAUCUCUCAUCAAUCUCACGCAAAUCAGGUGUUUUCUCGAUGAUUAGUACAAGACUAAGCGCAGGUUUAAGUCCAAACCCGACAGCAAUGAAGCCACAGUCUAAGAUCGAUAUAAACUCAGCGGUUUAUCCUGGAGGGCCAUCUCCGCCUGUGAAACCGAAGCUGCUUAGUCUUGUAGACAUGAAGGAGGUGGUGAGAGGUCCGGAAGUACCACCUGGAUAUUGGGUUGUGACUGGGGCUAAGCUUUGUGUUAAUGCAGGCAAAAUCUCAAUCAAAGCUAAAUAUUCUCUGCUCACUGUUGUGUCGGAAGAUUCGUUGGUCUGAGAGAUUCAUUCAGUGGACAUAGAAGGGUGUGUAAGUGGGGAGCAAAAGUGGUGUGUCUGUUGGAUUUUUGCAGGUUUUUCAGUUUGUGCUUAGCUUUGAGGUAAUCUCAUCAGGUGUUUUGGGGUUUGUGAAAAUUUUAUUUAUAUGUUUGAUGUAAAUGUUUCAUUGUAUAUUUGAUAAUGUUGAAUUUACUAUUUACAUAUAGAAUAUAUGUUUGUGUAGAGCGGAACAUAGCUUGAUGAAAUGCAACAGUUUUGUGUUUUACAUUCUAA